AUGAGGUCCCAGAGUGAGACCUCCUCUGACAGCUGUAUGAGGUCCCAGAGUGAGACCUCCUCUGACAGCUGUAUGAGGUUCCAGAGUGAGACCUCCUCUGACAGCUGUAUGAGGUUCCAGAGUGAGACCUCCUCUGACAGCUGUAUGAGGUUCCAGAGUGAGACCUCCUCUGACAGCUGUAUGAGAUCCCAGAGUGAGACCUCCUCUGACAGCUGUAUGAGGUCCCAGAGUGAGACCUCCUCUGACAGCUGUAUGAGGUCCCAGAGUGAGACCUCCUCUGACAGCUGUAUGAGGUUCUGA